GCUAUCUCUUUAGCGCGGUCGGCCAUAUCUUUCAGCGCAUACACUUGAUCGAGCACGGAAAAAAAGAUGACUAAGACAGGAAAGCCAGACACUUAUUGGGCAGAUAUCUGUACAAAAUAUGCCCAGGGCCAAUUCCACUUCUCGACUGGCAAACGGCCAGGGGCCAAGAAAUGGAAAAAGGCCUUAGAAGAAAUAGAUGCUUGUCCCCUGCAGACCAAUACAAAGGAUCUGUUUGGGAGAAGCCUUCGCUGUUCCUGUGGAUUCCAUAAGCCAGCAGAUCAGUUAUCAGGAGCCUGCUCCAGUAAGGCAGGAGAGGUUGAGACGGAGGCAGGGGCUGUCCGAGGAGACGCAGAGACAAGGAGACGCAGCGGGUCCAUGGUUGUGCUCUGGUUCCAGAGUUCACCCCACCUGGGAAACCUACUGGGGAGCGCAUUGCUGUGGAGUAUCUAUUGGCCCAGACCAACAGAGGUGACCUGCUUGCUCCAAAGCAGAUGCCUGAAAUCCCCACGCAGGUGCUUGAGGAGGACGAGGAUGAGCCAGAUGCCACAGUGUGCAUGCCAGGUGAUCUUGGGGCUGUUGAGCCUGAUGCUGCUCUCUGCCAAUCAGCUGAGCUUGGGGCUGGUGGAAGUGCUGUGGAAGACCAGGUGUCGUUGGAGGGUGACACUGAACCGGGGCCCCUCGUCGCAGAGACCAGCCAAAGUGACUCAAGAGGCGUUGUGGGAUGGGAGGCAUUGAUGCCCUAGCAGCAUACCUGGUCGACUUAAACCGCACAAUCACUGCCUUGUCAGUCAAGGAGGAGGCAGACAUCGUUCGCCUGUACACAGCUCUCCAUGCCAUGGACAAAGCACCU